ACCACCACUAGUACCACUGUCUCUGCUCUCUCUCUGCGCUUAGCUCUGCUGACAAGCUGCGUGGCGUCACGAACGCAAACAAUACAACUUUAUGAUACAAUUGACGCUGUCUAUAAUAAAAGCGUACGACGCGCACUAAUGGCUCGGGCACGUUGCUGCAUUUUGGGACACGACACAGUUUUACGCUCGGAGAAGAAGCGGGUUUGUUUGAACUGAGCCACAAACUUCAAACGCAUCGACGACGGCGGAACAAGCUGAAACGGAGAUAAAGGAAUCCGCAGCAGCGCUGCUGUUAUCAAGGUCUGUUUCAAGAUGUCUGUCAGUAACCACGAAAACAGAAAGUCUCGCUCCAGCUCUGGCUCCAUGAAUAUCCACCUUUUUCACAAGACGUCUCACGCCGACAGCCUCUUGACUCAGCUCAACCUGCUACGCAAAAGGAAAGUCUUCACAGAUGUCAUCCUCAAGGCUGGCAACCGAUCCUUCCCCUGUCAUCGCGCCGUCCUGGCCUCCUGUAGCCGAUACUUUGAGGCCAUGUUCAGUGGUGGGCUCCGGGAGAGUCGUGACGCUGAAGUCAACUUCCAUGACUCUCUCCAUCCAGAGGUGCUGGAGCUUCUGCUUGACUAUGCCUACUCAGCAAGAGUCAUUAUCAACGAAGAAAAUGCAGAGUCGCUCCUGGAAGCUGGAGACAUGCUCCAGUUUCACGACAUCAGAGACGCAGCAUCAGAGUUUCUAGAAAAGAAUCUUCACCAGUCUAACUGUCUGGGGAUGAUGCUGCUGUCGGACGCCCAUCAGUGUCAGAGACUGUAUGAGCUGUCAUGGAGGAUGUGUCUGGCAAACUUUGCUUCUCUCUUCAGGACAGAGGACUUCCUCAGCCUGCCCAGAGACAAAGUCCAGGAACUGAUUCUCAGCGAGGAACUGGAGGUGGAGGAUGAGAGCCUGGUGUACGAGGCUGUUAUUGACUGGGUUAAGGCCGACAUGGAGCGAAGGCACAGCGAGCUGCCCGAGUUGCUGCGCUGUGUCCGCUUGGCGCUGCUCCCUGAAACAUACCUGCUGAAGAACGUAGCGUCAGAGGAGCUGGUGAUGUGUCACAAGGUGGGCCGGGAGAUUGUUGAAGAUGCUGUGCGGUGUAAGAUGAGGAUCCUCCAGAACGACGGUAUUGUAACAGGGUUCUGUGCUCGGCCAAGAAAGGUCAGCCAGGCCCUGCUGCUGCUGGGAGGUCAGACUUUCAUGUGCGAUAAAGUUUACAUGAUUGAUAACAAGACCAAGGAGAUCACCCCAAAAACAGACAUCCCCAGCCCCAGGAAAGAAUGCAGUGCCUGUGCAAUAGGUUGUAAGGUUUACGUUACAGGAGGACGUGGCUCUGAAAACGGAGCCUCCAAAGACGUUUGGGUCUACGACACGUUACAUGACGAGUGGUCCAAAGCAGCCCCCAUGUUGGUAGCCAGAUUUGGACACGGUUCUGCAGAGCUGGACCACCAGCUGUAUGUUGUGGGAGGACACACUUCUCUAGCAGGAUCUUUUCCUGCCUCUCCCUCUGUGUCUCUCAAACAGGUGGAACAGUACGACCCUCAGACUAAUAAAUGGACACUGGUGGCUCCGCUCAGAGAAGGGGUGAGCAAUGCUGCUGUUGUUGGCGCCAAAAACAAACUCUUUGCCUUUGGGGGCACCAGCGUCAACAGAGAAAAGUAUCGCAAGGUUCAGUGCUUCGACCCUUGCCAAAACCGUUGGUCUGUACCAGCUUCCUGUCCGCAGCUGUGGCGAUACACUGCUGCAGCUGUGGUUGGUAACCAUGUUGUGGUGAUUGGUGGCGACACUGAAUUCUCAGCUAGUUCUGCCUACCGAUUCAACAGCGAGACGUACCAGUGGUCGAAGUUUGGAGACGUGACGGCCAAGCGCAUCAGCUGCCACGCAGUGGCAUCUGGAAACAAACUGUAUGUGGUCGGGGGAUACUUUGGUGCUCAGAGGUGUAAGACACUAGACUGUUAUGAUCCAUCAUCGGACUCUUGGGAAAGUGUGACCAGUGUGCCCUACUCUCUCAUUCCAACCGCCUUUGUCAGCACGUGGAAGUACCUCUCUGCAUAGUGGGAUACGCUCUCUGAGGUUUUUAUGAUCAGCCGUGGUGUCUGGUAUGUGGUCUCCCUUUGCUGUCUGCAGAAAGGAGGAGGAGGAGGAGGACGAAGGUUGUGUGUGUGUGUGUGUGUGUGUGUCUUCGCUCUGGCUUCAUCCAGCCCGAUUCACAUUAUCCUCAUGUGCAGAUGACUGAAGGCCUGAAUCCUGGAAACAGCCCAGAGACCCAGGGAAGUCUUCAGCCUCUUUGCACCUGAUCUGUUUACUCGUCGUUCUUGUGUAACUUUCCCAUGUAGCCACUGGCCUGAGCUGGACUCAUUUCUGUGUACAAGUUUAACAGCAUACGUGUGCGUCAGUUAAAGAUUUUCUCUUUCUACUGCAUGGAUCAAAUAAGCUACUGAGACUGUAUCAGCCCUAAACUGCUCAACCGACUCACUCCAUCAUCCAACGUGUUAUCUCGCCACCUUUUCAUUAAACCUUAAAAGGACUUUAGAUAAGGUGUCUCACUGACGUAUUGUUUUACAGUGAACUUAAAAUAAGAAGGUCCGCUGUCCUUUGUUGUGGUUAUUCUGUCCUCCUGACACUGGGCAUUUACUCAGGUGUAAUUUAUUUUGACUGCUGAUGGACUAAAUUAAACCUUUGCCCUGCCAGGCGUAUGGGGAACUCGAGAAGACGUUUGGGGGAAGUGUAUGAUUUUGUGCACAGAAACAAUCUUCCUGUCUGUAUUUUUAGACAUUGGACUUAGGCUUCCCUCAAUUUUGGCGAGCUAAAUUUGUAUCUUACUCCUUGACUUAAAAAUACAAGCUCGCGAAAGAGAAUGUGGCCCAUUACGGCUGCAGAAGAUACUUUUCCGUAUGUUUUGAUGUCAUUUCUCAUGUGUUUGGCGUCUCAGGGUUAUGUACAGUUCUACCUGUAUUUGUUCAAGGAAGGGUAACCGUAUGUCUUUUCUUUGCUCUGAACAUAUAUAUAUUUUUUUUAAAUGUGAUAAACAUUUUUACAGAAGUCUCUCAUUUUAAACUACAUUCUUAAAAUGUGUGAUUAAGCUUAAUAGCAGCGAUCGUGCUCAAACUUAAAUAUUGCCAAAACCAGAAUAGCUUAGUGUUGUUUUGGAUGUGAAUGAGAAAAGCUGGAUGUUUCCAAAGUAGUUAACAUUGUAGGUAUAAUAUCCAGUGUUUUGUGUGUACAGUUUUUAUAUUUGCUUUUGUAAUUAAUUUGUAGAAGGCUUUGAUUUGCACAGUUUGUAUUAAGAAAUCUUUUACUGGUCUUAAUUUUUGUAUCCUUGUCUUAACCCAGAUUGGGUCGUGUCUGUGAAUAAUCGAUGCUUUUUUUGUAGCAGUUAAUUCUCAAUCUUCACGUGUGAGCAGUUUUUUUCAAUAUAUCAAAUAUACUGGUUUGUUAAGCUAUUACUGAUGCACCAUCUGUUACUACAUUACUUCAUGACCUACAGCUCAUAACUUGUCAAUAAAUGUCAUCUUGUUCAAAAACA